UGAUUUUGUAGCGGAAAACAAAAAUGACAUAUCAAACCUGUUUGCCACUCAUUUUUCGUCGGUUUACGAGGAUAACAAUAUUAUUAUCCGUGAAAGUGACGAACCCAAAACUUGCAUUGGGAAUAUUCGUCUUUCACAGGAAGAUAUUGGAAAGAAGCUGAAAGGGCUCGACACUAGUAAAGGAUCGGGUCCCGAUGAUAUUCCCCCGAUUUUCUUAGUUCACUGUGCUGAAGUGCUGUCAUUCCCAUUGUACGUCAUCUACAAAGUCUCUUUAAAUACAGGCGUCUUUCCCGAUAAGUGGAAGGAAGCUAGAAUUGUUCCCACUCAUAAGGGCGGUAAGCUGGAGUCAGUGGAUAAUUAUCGCCCAAUCUCUAUUUUGUCGACAAUGUCAAAGGUCUUCGAAUCUUUGGUUUGCCAACAUAUUUCUAUCUAUGUCAAACCGUAUCUCAGUAUACAUCAACAUGGUUUUAUAUCUGGGAGAUCUACGAACACAAAUUUAAUAACAUACGUCCACGAAAUAAUUCUGAACUUAGACAAAGGAGCGCAGGUAGACGCAAUUUACACAGACUUUUCAAAGGCCUUUGACAAAGUCAAUCAUAAUAUAUUGCUGGAAAGACUUAGAUCGUUGGGUAUAACGGAUAGUUUACUGAAGUGGUGUGGUUCAUACCUACGGUUGAGACCUUCGCGCGUUGUGAUUGAUGGAGUCAAAUCUUAGUCAUUUAUUGCGCACUCCGGGGUACCACAGGGGUCCAAUCUGGAUCCUGUAUUUUUCAACAUAUUUAUAGACAGUCUAUGCUCUAAAUUUAAAUAUAGUAAAUUUUUUCUUUACGCGGAUGAUUUAAAGCUAAUUCGUACAGUUGACGCUCAAUCCGAUGUAUUACUUCUUCAAAGGGAUAUCGAGUCUCUUGUUGACUGGUGUGUAGCUAACAGCAUGAAUUUAAAUAUAAACAAAUGCUUUUACAUGAAAUUUACAAGGAAGAAGCAGUCUAUAAAAAGUGAAUACAAAAUACUUAAUGCUGUUGUUAAAGACGUUGACACUGUUCGUGAUCUUGGUGUAAUUUUUGACCCAAAAGUGCAGUUCACAGAACACAUAGACCAUAUUGUUAAAGCAGCUUGGAGUAGUCUAGGAUAUGUAAUAAGAAGGGGAAAGGAAUUCCGUAAGACCUCAACAGUCAUUACUCUCUACAACUGUUAUGUUCAAAGCAAACUCGAAUAUUGUUCGGUUGUGUGGUCACCACAAUACAAAGUACAUGUUGAUAGGAUUGAAAGGAUCCAAAAAAAAUUCACAAAGUUCCUUUCGUAUCGUUUUGGUGGUAAUUCUUGUGGUAGGAACUACGUUGAUAGUUUGAGGGAGUACCGAAUGUUGCCAUUGUCCGGCCGCAGACAACUCAUUGACAUGACCUUUUUGCACAAACUUUUAAACAAUAAAACAGAUUGUUCCCAACUUCUCUGUUUAAUUGGUAUUAACGUCCCAUCUAGAAUGCCUAGACAACAUAUUUCAUUAUUUUGCAUUCCUCGAACUAGGACCCGGCUGGGAAGAAAUUCUCCUGUCAGCAGAAUAAAACGUACAUAUAAUGAUUUUUCUCAGACCUGUAAAGACUUGGACAUCUUGCAUAGCAGUUACAAUAGUCUUAAGCGUUAUGUUUUCAAAAUAUUACUCUUGUUAAAUGUUAAUGUUAAUGUAGAUCGAGGUUCUUGAAUGUUUGUUUUUCUUUUUUUCUUUUAUAGCACAAUAUUGCUUUCGGUAUUGCAUUUUGUCACUAAUAUUUUUGAUGUUUUUAAUAUUUUAAAUUGGUUAUUUGAUUUAUUCUUAAUAAUUAAAAAUUCACUUACUUGUGAAGUGUUGAAAAUUUUAUCUGAUUAUCAUUCUGUUAUUUACAUUAUUUUUACUGUUAUCAUUAUUUUUAUCAUAAAUUUUUUUUCUUUCUAAAUUUUGGCAUUACACUUUGGCCGAACAUUGUAAUUUUAAAUAUUUGAUUUGAUUAUGAUAUGUUUGGAAAUUUAUAAUGAUUCACUUAAAGUGUGUAACUUGACAUAAUUAAUAUUACACGUUGUGAUGACCUGUAAUUGGAAGAACAUUCAAACUAUAUAUUGUAAGCUCAUGUUUAAAAAAGCUGUAAAUAAUGUAUCUUUUGUUGGUUAUCCAUAAAUAAAUAAAUAAAUAAAUAAAUAUUUCCGAAUUAAAAACCCUUGAUUCUCCUGCUGUAGUUAACCUAUCCUUAGUUAAGUUUUGUGUUGUGUUGUCGACCGUCCCCCCUAUUGGGGACGUUAAAAAUUUUAAAUUGGAAUUAUAAUCUACUUUGUUUUAAUUAUUUUACUAUAAGUACGUUUUAAAUUUUAAAUUUGGAAUUUAAUACUUUUAACUUUUUAAUUCAAUAUAUUUAAUUAUAAUAAACAAAUUUCAAUUUAAUCAAAAUUUUUAAAAGUUUUUAAAUAUAUAAAUUUUGAGUUUUAAAUUGAAUUAUAUAAAAGUCAACUGUGAUAGUCCCCUAUUGGGACGUAAAAUUAGUUUUAAUUAGUUAAGCUUGUGUUUGUGUUGUGUCGACCGUCACCCCUAUUGGUGACGUCAUUUUAACCUAUCUUCACGUACAGUUUUAAACAUGGCACUGCCGCAGGGCAAAAAUAUAAAAACCAUAACAGUCGCAUAUACAGACGAAAGACAGCGAAUUGUCCCAACCAAUGCACAGCCCAGUGCUCGCCCGGUGGAAACUGCCACGGGGAAGGCAAAUAGGCUUUACCAGACCGCGAAAUCCCAACUGGAGCAAUCGGGGAACCUAAAGUCGUCCAUCAAGGAGGCUGUCCUGGAUAGUCUAUCGGAACUGUACGGGACGGUCCUCCAGGUGGACGAACGAAUGCGGUCCCUGGAACUCCAGUUGGUGAAAUUGCGGUUGGAAGGGGAGGAAACCUUAAAAAACAAAUUAGAAGAGAAAGAGAAAUUUAUAAACACAAUAUUAGAAAAAUUGGACUGGGGGGGCAAAAUUGGGGAAUUAGUUACUAACACAGAAGACAUUAAAAAGAUGAUUAAUUUUGACGUAUUAGGAAGAUUCGACGAGUAUCCCCCGGGUAGAGUACUGUGCGGGACCGUUAAAAAAUUAGAGGGCCUGAUGGAAGAAGUGAAGAAUGUAAGGAGGGUGAUAGAGGAUACGGGGGCGAAGGUGGACACGGUCGGGACGCGGGUGGGGGAGCUCGAGGGUAAGCUGAUGGAGUACGAAGUAACCGUAAGGGAUACCGGAAAGGCCAUCGAGACCCUCAAGGCCUCGGCGUCAACAUACGCCGAGGCGGCGAGGGCUCCGAAGCCAAAGGUUCAGCUUCCCCCGUGCCGCCCCAAUCACGCGCUGAUCGUGUCCUCCACCGCCCCCAAGGAUACGAGUGAUACUGUGAUAGGAAAAGUUAGAGAGGCCCUCGACGCGCGUAGGUCAGGGGUCCAAAUCGGCAGGGUAAGGAAAAUAAGGGAUGGGAAGAUUGUGAUCAGCUGCGGGGACCGGCCGGGGCUGGAGAAGACCGAAAGUCGACUCAAGUCCCAAGCUGGUCUCAAACUCGAGCCUGCAGCAAACCGAGACCCGAGAGUGAUCAUCCGGAAUGUGUUCUGCUACAACACUGAGGCUGACAUAAUAGAGUCCUUGAAAUGUCAGAAUCAGAAGUUGUGGCGGGACCUGGAUCCGGCUCACUUUAGGGUCAAGGAGGUUUACCGUAGGAAGGCGCGGAACCCUCACCAGGCCCAUGUCGUGUUGCAGGUCUCCCCUAAGGUUUGGCGCAAGCUGACCGAGGCGGGGACCAUAUACAUUGACAUUCAGGGCCUGACUGCCGAGGAUCAGUCGUCGCUGGUGCAGUGUACCCGUUGCCUGGGCUACGGCCACGGCCGCAGAAACUGUAAAGAGACAGUGGACCGUUGCAGCCACUGCGGAGGGGGGAGGGGGCACACCGAACGAACUGUCCCUCUCGAGUGGAUGGGAGGCCAACCGUCUGCAGGAACUGCGACCGGGCUGGGGCCCAGGAGACGGGCCACAAUGCAGUCAGCGGAGACUGCCCUAUCCGGCGGAAGUGGGAUGGUAUCGCGCGUUUUUCGGUGAGCUACUGCUAAGGGCACCGCAGCUGUACCGGAGUGUAAGGAAAGCUUUGUGGUCUUCAAGCCAACCUCCAGCGUGCCCGUCUAGCGACGCAGGAACUGGUCAUGGUCGCGCACGAGGGUGGUGUUGGGGUCGCCUUAAUCCAGGAACCUUACGUCGGCUCUGAGGGGAGGGUCGGUAGCUUCCGUGGCGUCAGGGUAGUGCAGAGAGAGGACGCUAGGACCAAGCCCGUCAAGGCGGCAAUCAUGGUCUUCCAUGAGCACCUGGAGGUUCAUGUGAACCCCCAGAUAAUCACUGAGAACAUCGUGGCUGUCGUCCUUAAGGCGGGUGAUUGGACCGCAGCGGUCGUCUCUGUGUACCUUGAGGGCACGGAGGAUAUCGAGCCAUACCUGGUGCAAGUACGAGACUUCCUGGGGAGGGUCGGCACCAACACGGUCCUCGUGGGCGGCGAUUGGAAUGCAUGGAGUCCGUGGUGGGGGAGCGUCGGUGAGGACACCAGAGGCGAAACCCUACGGGGGUUCUUUGAUGACCUGGAGCUGCACGUGUUGAAAAAAGGAGUCGUCCCCACCUUCGAUGCGAUCCGGGGGGGCAGGAGGUACACGAGUCAUGUCAAUGUCACCGUCUGCACCCACGGGUUGUUGAGAAGCGUCCGUGAAUGGAAAGUGGACGACUCCGUGACCAAUCUCGACAACCGUCAUUAAUCUCGAAACCUGUACCUUUUAACUUUUGAGCCGUAUCCACAACCUGGGUCACGUACGCAGUCAUUGAUUGCGAGCUGCCUAGGCGGAUGGAAAUCAAAGUUCUGAGUAGGCUGAUGCGACGCGUGAAUCCGGAAUCGUCAAAUAACGACUUUAACUUUGCCCACAAGUUAUGCAUGGUGGUUUCAAUCUUGAUGUCAACGUAGAGUAAUGGGUCGAUAGUCAUCACCAUCUUUGCUUUAGCCUUCCGAUCAUCUUGCUCACUGAGAGUAGCACUGUUUUCGAGGUCGAUACCUUUAGAGAUCAAAAAGUUUUCGGCGGCGAAUGCCCAAUCGUCGUAAUUAUCUCUUCCCUUUAGCUUCGGGACGUUCAACGAAUAAUUUCCUGCUAUUGUAACUGAACUAUUAUAAAAAAGACUUUUUAAUUAAUUUGGACUGGGCCCAUAACCUGGUAAAACUCGAGUAUGAUUCGUAAGGUACUUACGCUUUAUUUGAAUUCAGAGAAGGGUUUACACUUAAGCUCACAGGUGGCGCUAGUUGUACAUAGACAAUAUUUUUGUACCAUAGAUAAAAUAUACAAUAUUUUUACAGCUGUGUCCUUAAUUUGCGUAUGAGGGAACGGAUAUUAUCGUGCAUGAGUUGGAACUCCUGACCCAUUUGUACUAUUUGUACCCAUUUGUGUGGGAUAAUCACAGUAGCCACUAUCACAGCCUCAUUGCGGUAUUUCAGUGCAUUCAUGUUCCCUCUUAUCCAAAUGAGAUCGGUUCUCUCACCGAUACGAAUACCAGCCCAUACCAUAAUAGUGCCGCCUUGAUAUGAAUGGACUUCUUGUGGAUGCUGGAGACGGCUUCGUCUACCAGGAACUCGCCAAACCCUUAAUCUUCGUGAAUCCGAUUGAAAUCCAAAUCGAGACUCAUCAGAAAAAAGCACCAUGGACUAUUGCUCGUCACUCCAUGCGAAAUGUUCUUGAGCCCACAAUAGUCUCGGUCCGCGAUUGCCACGCCGCAAAGUUGGAACCCGAAGUGGUCUGCGAGAAUGAAGACCAGCUUCAUGUAAACUUCUUCUUACAGUUUGGUCACUAACCAACAAUUAGUUGUCAGAUUGUAGCCUUUGAACUAUUUGCAUAGCUGUAAUAUUAGGUUGUCUCCUAGCGAUAUUUUUAAGAAAACGAUCCUGUCUAGGUGUGGUGAGGCGACAUCUGCCAGAAUGGCACGAUAUCGUGACCAUAACCGGGAGAUUACAUUUUUGGCCGGUUUACAGAAUUUCAGCAACCACGCUUUGUAUAGCGCCCGCUUCCAACAUGCCUACAGCUCUAAUCUGCUUUUCCCUUGUCAAAUCUCGACGUGACAUAACAAUAAAUGAACAACCCGUUGAAGAUCCGGACAUGAAGGUUCCAUACAUUGCUAAUGACUAUAAAUCGCUUUGAAGACAUUUCAAGAAACCUACAUUUUAGUGAGAAUUCGAAGGAAAUGAAUAGAGCCGAUCCAGCUCAUGACAGAGCAUUCAAAAUACCAUCUGUUCUGGAUCACUUCAAUCGAGCGUUCCAAGGUGCCAUGACCAACACAAAAACGCAGUCUGUUGAUGAACAUAUGAUAAAGUUCAAAGGACACAAUAUAAUGACAAUAUGUCAAAAACAUACCAGUCUAGUGGGGGUUUCAAAUGUGGUGCAUGAGAACUUCGACAAAAAAUUUCGAAACUUUGACUCAUCCAGUUUGCCAACCUGUAAAGCGGAAUUGCAACAGCAUUUAUUGCGGGUUCGUUACGUGACGAAAAUUUGGAGAAAUGCUCAUUCAAAACAUCCAACGUCUUUAUCUCCAAUGGCUUUCGGUUGGACCAUUAACGGUGACAAAUAUGAUUUUGUCUGGUUUUUGGGAGAUCAAUUACCAUCCUCAGCUGCAGAUAUUAUUGUUCAAAAUGAUAGAAUUUUAGAAGAUAACGAAAGUUCUCAAGAAGAUGAUAUGAAUGACACUGACAAAGACAGCGACGAUGAUGAUGAUGAUUAUGAAGAUGCCUCUUUUUUGUGACGUCACCAUAGGCUGAAAUAACUUGAAAAACUUAAUAUUAAUUAUUUAUAACUUACAUUUAGUAAUCAGAACCAUUUAAAUAAAAAGUUUUGUUUUUUAAAUUUUAAUCUAAUUUUAUAUUCCUUUUUAUGCUUAAUUU